GUCGAGGUACGGUUUUGUAUAGGAGCUGAAAAAAAGUGCUUCAAUCACUCGCCAAUAUCUCUACUACCAUACAUCGUAUCGCUAAGGCGAUUACAGUCUGAAGAUCGCUAUUGAUAGGCGAUUCUAAUAAGCCUACUUUUAUAUAUAUAGCGACAGUUUUUUCCUGAACGGUUGCUUCCAACGCAAAUUUCACUUCGAGACGAUCCUCAGAGACUGUUUUUCCUCCCUUUGAUCCAACUGUAUUGCCGAACGGUAGCUCAGAGGGUAUAGAAAAUGGCCUGUAACGAGCUUGAUCGCGGGUAUUCUGGGCUUGCGGGCAUCCUCCUGGGUAACGCGGGCAUCCUGGCCAAUGCGGGCAUCCUCCUGGGUUCGCGGGCAUCCUGGCCAACGCGGGCAUCCUCCUGGGUUCGCGGGUAUCUUCCUGGGUUCGCGGGCAUCUUCCUGGGUUUGCGGGCAUCCUGGCCAACGCGCUGGCAUCUUCCUAAGUUCGCGGGCAUCUUCCUAGGCACCGUUAGAAAGCGUAUUAUCUGGCUAUUGCGGAUCAACUUACGGCUUGUUUAAACACCUACAUUUGAUGGUGUAGUGGCCGUCGGUGCCAUUCGCCCUGUUUGUUGCGUGCCUUGAUCGGGCCUAAUCCCGAACUUUGCACUCAGACCAGUAUGGGCUCAAAUUG